CUUGCUGCUGCCGGCUGUCCAGAUUAUUGGUCGAUUUGCUGCCGCUGCCUCCACGUGAUGGACUGCCACGCGCAUCGGAUCUCGCCAUUUUUUCCUCAACAAAUCCACACCAUCUGCUUCUCGUGAUUCGCUCCCGACCGAGCGAUCUCUUUUUCCCGAUACAUCCAUCGACCAAGUUGGAAUCGACGCGUAUGCAAGGCUGGCGAGCUGGCGAGGGCGCGCGAGACCUGCACGGCUGCGCCACCGGCUCCGGCCUCGCGAUCACUUAAUAAAAAGUACAUCGGCGUCGCGAUCACUUCGUAGUAAGCAGCCGAUCGACCGAUGGCUUCCUCCCUUCGCCACUUGGCCUGCCGCAGCUCCCCGGCCGGUGCCGCCGCUUCGCCGACGCCGAGCUUGCUGCGACGCUUCAGCCCCGACUUCUGCGCCCUCGCCGCCCUUCGGCCGAUCAGGCCGGCCACCGCCGGCGCCAAACCCCCGAGAGACGCCACGACCUCCACCGAGCAGGAGCAGCAGCUCGCCGCACAUUGGCGUGGCGCCUACGACCACGAGCAGCCCUCCACGUCGCCGUCGCCGUCGGUGUCCUUGACGGAGGCGCCGGAUCCCGCGGCGCUGCGCGUGGGGAUCAUCGGGUUCGGCAACUUCGGGCAGUUCAUCGCCAGGGGCAUCCAGCGGCAGGGCCAAGCCGUGCUGGCCACCUCAAGAUCCGACUACUCCGGCUACUGCUCCGCCCACGGGAUACGCUUCUUCAGAAGCUUGGAGGCGCUGUGCGAGGAGCAGCCGGACGUGCUGCUGGUUUGCAGCUCCAUCCUCUCCACGGAGUCCGUCGUCCGGGCCAUCCCCCUCGCCAAGCUCCGCCCCGACACCAUCGUCGCCGACGUGCUCUCCGUCAAGCAGUUCCCCCGCAACCUCCUCCUCGAGAUCCUACCGCCGGAGUUCGGCAUCGUUUGCACGCACCCCAUGUUUGGGCCGGAGAGCGGAAAGCACAGCUGGAGCAAGCUCCCCUUCGUCUACGAGAAGGUCCGCCUUUCGGAUAAAGGAGACCAGAAGGCCAAGUGCCACCAGUUCUUGAGCAUCUUCGAGCAGGAGGGAUGUCGGAUGGUGGAGAUGUCAUGCGCAGAGCAUGACCGCCUCGCCGCGGGAAGCCAGUUCAUCACGCAUACCAUUGGGAGGGUUUUGGCGGAGCUAAACCUCAAGUCCACGCCAAUCAACACCAAGGGUUACGAGACCCUCCUGCAUCUGACAGAGAACACGGUGAGCGACAGUUUUGAUCUGUACUACGGGCUCUUCAUGUACAAUGUGUACGUCGCAGAGCAGAUGGACAAACUGGACAGGGCGUUUGAGGAUGUGAAGCGGAUGUUGUACGGCAGGCUGCAUGGCAUGCUACGAAAGCAGAUCGUAGAGAGGGUCCCCAUGCCCGGAGCACCUUCCUUGGGAUCGACACAAGCCAAGGACAGUCCUGCUGCGAUCAGAGAAGAGACGAAGCCCCUACCCCCUCGUGUUGCUGCUGUACCCUCUCCUUGUCAUACGCUUUCCCCGGUGGCUUUCGGCACUGCAACAUGUUGAAUCUGCGUAUCUUUCUCGCCGUUGUAAUAUCGUUAUUCAAGCAUCUGCGAUUAGGGCUCUAUGCAUGUAAUAUUGACCAAGCAAAACUUUUUUUUCGAAACGGCCCAAGGCCGUAUAUGAUGUUUUGGCACUUUGCAUACUUGUCUGAAUUGAGCCUGUUUGAAUUAAUUUGAACUCAUGCAGCAAAAAAUCAUAUGCAUCUGGUUUGAUUGCA